AUGGACUACAAAGAGAACAUCCUGGGCAACCGCUUGCUCAACUACAUCAAGCCAGAGCCACAAGAGCCCCGACUGGCACCGCCGCCUUUGAGCAGCCAAGCACACAUGGGCUUGCGCCGGGACGUAAAGCCUGUAAUUAAGCCCGAGCCCGUCAACGAUGCCGCGCGUGUCUUGAUCGAUCGCGGUCUUCCGGUACCAGCAUACAUUCAGAGUACACCGGGCGCUGUGUCAGCCCCCACGCAAGCACAAGCAUUGAAUAUCGGCCCGUCGUUCGCCGGGCGGCAGUUCCCACAACAGGGUGCAUUCGCGCCAGAGCCGACCCCUGAGUUGCAACAGAUAUUCUACAGGAAGCACCAAAUAGCGGAGGAGAUUCAGUAUGCGCCGGAAGAUGCUCUCAAGGAGGGCCUCGGAAUGGUAAACGCGCUCAAGACGAGCAGCAAGAAGCUCGAGCUUGGCAGCAAGCUGAGAAAGGAUGUGUGGAUGCGGGAGAUUGACAACUUGAUGAAACAGGGCGUGCCGACAACUAUGAUUGCCGUGUGCGGAGCGACUGGUGCGGGCAAAUCAUCGAUUUUGAAUGCAAUCCUCGAUGAUAAUAUCGUGCCUACAAGCGGCAUGCAAGCCUGCACAGCUGUCGUGACCGAGAUUGGGUACCAUAACAAGAAGACAAUUGAAGGAGACGUCUCUUUCCUCUCCGAGGCCGAAUGGCGCGCAGAGCUCGCCGUGUUGCUCGAUGACCUUGUUGACGAGGACGGUAACCUCAAACGUAGCACUGACUUGCGUUCCGACGCGGGUGUUGCAUGGCAGAAGGUGCAUGCCGUGUACCCGUCGAUCUCGCAAGAACAGCUGGUGAAGAUGACUGUCGACCAGAUAAUUGUGCGCGACCGGAAAAUCGCAAAACUGCUUGGGGAGACCAAGCACAUUGUCGCUAACGAUUCGAAGACAUUUGGAGAGGGGAUUGCCGAGUAUAUCGACAGUAAGGAUCAAAAGUGCGACAGCAAGAAGAAAGACAAGAAAGCGGACAAAGCGUCAAAAGAGGCGAAAGAAAAGGAGAAGGGCAAGAGCCUCAUCGAGAAGAUGCGCGAGCAGAACCGCGCCAAGAACGCCCCGCUCGGCAUCGGCUCCUCUGCCGGUGCAAGUAACGGCAAGGACAAGAAGAAAGACGAUGAUUCCGACGGUUCUGCGUUUUGGCCGCUCAUUCGACAGGUGCAGGUCAAGUGCAAUGCGCGCGCGCUCUCGACCGGUGCUAUACUCGUUGACCUGCCCGGUGUGGCAGAUGCCAAUGCUGCGAGGAACAACAUCGCUAAAGACUACAUGAAGAAAUGCGAUUGUAUCUGGAUCCUUGCGCCCAUCACGAGAGCAGUCGAUGACAAGACCGCGAGGGAUCUCAUGGGAGAUGCCUUCAAGAUGCAGCUGAUGAACGGAAACUAUGACGACAAUGCCAUUACUUUCAUUGCGACGAAGUGUGAUGAUAUCUCGUGCUCGGAAGUCAUUCGCGCACUCAAACUCGAAGACGAUCCCGAACUCGAGGCUAUCGGGGCUGAGAUUGACCGCUGUCAGACCGAGAUGGAGGAGUGGAAGGAGAAGAAGGAGGAGGCUGAGGCCGCUGCAAAAGAGACGGACCAGACCUUGAAGCAGCUCCGCUCGAUGCUCGCAGAGUCUAAAGAGCAUCUCAAGGCUCUACAGGACGGAGAGUCUUUCACGCCCAAACUCACCGGCAGUGGCAAGUCGAAGAAGUCUCGUAAGUCUUCCCACGACGAAGAUGAGGACGCAGAGAUGAGUGACGCAUCCGACGAUUCUUCCACGGGGAAGCGCGGCAGGAAGCGCAAAUCUACUGGAGGGCGGCAGCGUGCGGCGAAGCGGCGCAAGAGCGACACGUUCGACGACGAUGACGAUUUUAUUGUAGACGAUGACGAGGAUCUGGCAUUCUCUGACACAGACAGGAGCGAGGACGGAGGAGACGGCCCGGCCGACUCAGCGUGGGACGACGCAUCGAACACUUCCGACGAUGAGAACAACAAUGAGGACGAUGAUCAACAGGAGGAGGAAGAGGCGACGGAGGAGAGCGUUGAGGCCAAGAUCACUGAGUAUAACGAUGCGAUCAAGCAGGGACGUACGGAAUUGAGUGAGUUCCGUCGGCAGCGUAAGGAGGCCAUGGAUGCGACUGCCGGCCUCAAGAAGACGGAGCGCAGGGCGCAGCGCGAGAAAAACGCGUUCUGUUCGAGGAAGAGGAGCGAAUUCUCGCGGGAUGUACUUAAGCAGGACUUCAGGACAGGACUGAAGGAUCUGGAUGAUGCGGCUGCUGAGCAGCGUGAUCCGGACAGCUUUGACCCGACCGUCAACCUCCGCGACUACGACGCUAUCGAUCUGCCGGUUUUCACCUGCUCUGCGCGGGACUAUGUACGGAUCAAGGGACAAGUGAAAGGCGACGGUGACCCGACCUGUUUCACGAAGCCCGGGGACACAGGAGUCCCUGCGCUGCAGGAGUGGUGCCACCACCUGACGGUCUCCUCGCGGGAGCGCGCUGCACGCACCUUUCUGUCGCACCUGAAGACCUUCGCGACACAAGUGAAAAGCUAUGUUCAGGGCAUCGGCGACGUUACGAUUGCGGACCGCGAAGCUCUCCGCGAGAAGUGGGAAAGUAGCACCGGCGAUGAGGAUGACGACACGGGGUUGAGCUUGUAUGGUGGCAACAUGUGGGAUGAGUUUCUCGACGUUGACGACGGCGACGAUCCGUUUCACAUCAACAACCUUGCGCGGCUGGCAAAUUCUGGGCUGGGCGGGGCAUACGCGAUGAAGAACCCACCGAAGGUCGAUCGGUUCGGAAACCUUGUCGGCAUUACACCAAGGUUGAGCAAGGACUUUGCUCAGGUCGUCGACAACUGUGUCAAGGAGUUGCAAGAGCGGUUCCGUGAAGGCUUGGAGGAGAAAUGUCAUCUGGGAGCGAUCAAUGCUGCGACUGCCGCCGUGGACACUUCGGAUACCUUUGCGGCGUCGAUGCAUUGGGCGACCUACCGAGCUACCCUCCGCCGACACGGCUCGUGGCGCAGCGAUCUCAACGUCGAGCUCAGCAACCCGUUCACACGCCAAAUUGCGAGCACGUGGAGCAAGGUAUUCGAGGCGGACUUAUUUGCCAGCUUCGAGCACGCGACGAACGAAGCGAUCGCCAAGGUGCUGAAGGAAGUCGAGGAGUCGGCUGCCCUCGGACUCAAAGAACGGGCUCGUGGUCAGGCUGAGCUCGCGUUUGAUGAGGCAAAGGUUGCCCUCCGCAAGACUAUCGACGUCGUGCGCGACGCGAUUAACACCCAACAGAAGGAGACUAGCCGAUGCCUUGCGCCCCAUGUGCAAGAUCAGCUGACAGAAGGGUACGGCGAGGCGAUGCUGGAGCGUGGUCCCGGUAGUGUUGCCCGCCAGAAGAACCUUUUCCAUGGUCAUGUCGCGGAGAUCAAAGAUCAGAUGUUUGACGGCGCAGCGGAUAUUAUCCUCACACGUCUUGCCAAGUCUGCUGAAGCUGUGGGAAAGGUCCUGUGCGAAGCCCUUCAGGAGCUCGCGGAGAAGAUUGAAGUUGGUGUUGCCGUCCUCUGGGAGGGCCCUCGCGACGAUUCUGCCCAGGUUAAGGCACGCACCGAAGUCAUCAGCUCUGUCGCCGACAUCCUUCGCGAACUCGAGCUUUGGCAACGGGCCGCGCAGCUACGGGCCUCAAAGGUCGAGGAUGAGACGUUUGCCUAGGCUGCCUGUGCGCCUAACUCGUAUCUCCUCACGUUACGAGCGCAAGCUCGACACUGUCCCCGCUUGUCAAUCAUAUCUUAUAUCUUCAUAUGAUAUCCUUGUUAAUUCGUUUUCUUCCCGCUUUCUUCCUUUGAUCUUCUUGCUUCUUGUCCCCAUUAUUGUGCUCAAAUAAGUCCAGAUAUGCUACCAGAGGCUAAGUAUUGCUCUAGAUGUAGUAGUGUCUAGAAGUAUUACAUUAUGAUAACAUCGAUUACUUGUACAUACUGUAUUACUGAAAUUGAUGGUCCAGAAGUUCACUCUAACAUCACGUUUGGCUGUGUUCUGCGAAUCGAGACCGUGCACGGAGGCCGGCACCGAUCCUGCCGAAAAUGAAACUAGAUACGG